AAAAAACAAAAAUCUUGACCGCCAUCAAGUGACCUUGGUGUCAGAGAGUCCAUGACGACGUUUAUUUUUAGAGUGACGGACGGUUUGGCAGCUGCAAAAAUAAUUUGAUCGCUGAACGUCACUUUGCAACGGGUUUGUCUAUCGUCGGUUGAGCCGAAGCUUCCGUCACUUCGAUAUCCUCACGUGUUUUUUUAUCCUCCCAGCCAAGCCCGAGAAGCGAUAAGCAUAUUUUCACUUUGAAUGUGGACGAUCAGUGAGAUAUUAAUCAAUUUAGUCGAGAAGAGGCGCGAACUCGAUCUCAAGACAAAGAGACUUGAUUUCAGUUGAUUAUUUAUUCAUAUUAUUACUCGCUUACAUUCCUUCGUUUCGUAAAGUUUAGUAUAAGCAGUAUACAAUCAGUGAUAAUUCAUUCGAAACAGGUGAUAAGAUAAACAAGGAGAUCAGCAAUGGGGUUGAAAACUGGUGCUGUCAAAUUGUCCAAACUAAGGGAGUUGAUGGAAGUAGUCCAGAUAGGUGGAAUUAAAGGAAAGGGCAUUCAAGCUUUAAUAAUUAAUUCGGAGGAUGCCCAUCAAUCGGAGUAUAUAUUGAAGAGAGACGAGCGAAGGGGUUUUAUCUCUGGCUUCAAAGGUUCAUUGGGAACAGCAAUAAUAACAGCUAAAGAGGCAGCCAUGUUUACGGAUGGUCGUUAUUUCGUGCAAGCUAGCCAAGAAUUGGAUCCGAAGGAUUCAUGGAAAUUGAUGAUCGAAGGAGCCCCUUCAACACCGACGAGUAUAGAAUGGUUAAUAAGCGUUCUACCAGCAAAUUCGACCGUAGGAGCAGAUCCAAAUAUAUUGAGUUACACAGUUUGGGCACAUAUGCACAAAGCAUUAACAGCUGCUGGUCACCGCUUGAUGCCGUUGGAUGAAAAUUUGGUUGAUCGUGUUUGGGGGGAAGAUCGUCCUGCAUUUUCACUAAAUCCUAUUGUUGCGCAUCCUCUCAUUUAUACUGGACAAAAAUCGAGCGAGAAGAUAAGCCAGUGUCGUCGUGAGAUGGAAAAAAAUCGUACGAACAUUCUCGUUAUUGCAGAACUCGACGAAGUUGCUUAUCUUAUGAAUCUUCGAGGUUCCGACAUUCCUUACAAUCCUGUAUUUUUCGCUUACGUCGUACUUACACAGGACGAAGUACAUUUCUUCGUCGAUCAAUCAAGAAUCACUCCUGAAGCUGAUAAGCAGAUGAAAGAUGAAGGUGUUGACGUUAUUUAUCAUCCGUACGAACAACUCCGACCUUAUCUUCGACAAUUGUCCAAUAAUAACGAAUCACUCAGGGUAUGGAUUAGCAACCAAUCGAGUUAUGGACUGCAUGCCGAUUGCGAAAAAUUGUCUAAACACACCGCUGUUACACCAGUCAAGAUGAUGAAAGCCGUUAAGAAUGAAGUCGAAACAAAUGGAAUGAAAGCCGCUCAUAUACGCGAUGCCGUUGCCCUUGUUAAAUAUUUUGCUUGGCUCGAAGACAUGAUCGUUAACAAACGCGAAAAAGUCACCGAAAUAUCGGGUGCGCAACGUCUCGAAAAGUUCAGGCAAGAACAAGACAAGUACGUGGGUUUGAGUUUUACGACAAUUUCGUCAGUCGGAGCCCACGGUGCGAUCAUUCAUUACGAGCCUUCGCCAGAAACAGACGCAACAAUCACCGAUAAAGAACUUUAUCUGUGCGAUUCUGGUGCACAGUUCUACGAUGGAACCACCGACGUUACUAGAACUUUACACUUUGGCGAACCGACCGAUUUUCAACGGGAAUGCUUCACUCGUGUCUUCAAAGGCAUGUGCUCCAUGUCGACCGCAGUUUUCCGAGCUCAUAUCAAAGGAAAUUAUUUGGAUACUUUAGCACGAAAAAGUUUGUGGGAAGUUGGAUUAGAGUACCUUCAUGGAACUGGACAUGGUGUUGGCUCAUAUCUCAACGUUCAUGAAGGCCCUGUUGGUAUCUCUUGGAGACCUUAUCCAGAUGAUCCGGGCCUUGAGCCCAACAUGUUUCUUUCCAAUGAGCCUGGUUACUACGAGGAUGGAAGUUUCGGGAUAAGGUUGGAAAACAUUGAAUGCGUUGUGAAGACUGCAACAAAAUAUAAUCGGAGAAACAUUGAUUUUCUCACAUUUGAGACUGUAACUCUUGUGCCUAUACAAACGAGUUUAUUGGAUCGUUCUUUACUCACCGAUUUCGAGAUCUCGUACCUCAACUCUUAUCACACAAAAUGCUUGGAGGUUCUACGACCUUUGUUACAAGGCCAGGAGAACUUGCAAGCUCUGCGCUGGCUCGAAAAAGAGACUCAACACUUAACUGGGUAGCAGUGACCUUGCACCAGUUGGCUCGAAUGCUACAAAUCCUAAAUUUACCCACCUUCAGCUUCGACCGGACUCCAUCGUCAAAUCUUUUACUUUAUUUUUUUUUUGUUGCGUGGAAUCGCGAUAUAUCAUUAACACAUAAACUUGCGAAAUGAACAGUCGUUCGGAAAAAAUUUCGUCUAUCAAAAUACGGGUAUAUGCAGCAAGGCGUACGAUGCUUUGUGAAAAGAAAACAAAUACGAUAUGAUAUAUUUUUAUUUACUUCCUUUUCAAUAUUGUAAAAAAAACUAUUAACUUUUCACUUGGAGGCUGUUCCACACAUAUAAUCGUUGAGAACAAUUUCAUUUUUUCGCAUUUCAGUUCCUUGAGAUUCAACUGAAAUUUAAGUAAUUUUUUUUUUGGGAUACUGUGAAAAUACAUUUUUUUAUCAUAAUGCUAAAAAUUUAUGACUGAAUCCUUAAGCUCUUUGAGCUGGAGAAAUUUGAAAUUUUCAUUAAAGCAACAUUGCCAUUGUUUUUAAUACUGUGCGACCUGAGCCGUUUAAUAUUCUUUGGCAUAUGUGUGUGACAUGCCUGAGAGACCACAAAACGCUUCGAUCAACGAAACAAUCUUUACAAUAUUUGAAAUUAUAAAUAACUAUUAUACAAAAAUGAAAGUAGACAAAUUUAUACUGCUUUGAAAUGAGUAUGUUAUUAAUAAUAAAACUACGUGUUAGAAGAGGGAAAAAAUUGCAUUUCACUUGCAACUGGAUAUCGUGUUCUUCUAUCAAAAAAAAAAACUAAAAAAAAGAAAACAAUAUUUGCAUAGAAUUUAUUUUUCAUUUAUUAAAUUUCAAAAAAUUAUGAACAAGUUGGAAAAAAAAUGGGAAGAAAUCAAUGAUGAGAAAAAAUUAUGUUUCAGUGGAUCACAAUUUAAUUGUAAGUAAAAAAUUUGAACCACGUAGUUGGGUCAAAAAGAAUUUGUUAACAAUGGA